AUCGAAAAUAUCUUUAGGACGUUACGAAGUUGUUAUAAUUGGCUAAUAAUAUACGUUUUCCUCCAUCUUGACGGCCAUUUGCAGACGAUUGAACCGCCAUACUGGAUUUCACUUAAAUGACCCCGCGCCAUAUUGGAGUGGGGCCAAAAGAUUAAAAUAAUUAAGGUUAUUGAGUUAUGAUGUCCUUAAUAUGAAAUUGUAAAUCAAUGUACAUACUUAGUUUACAGUUUUUCUUGAGCUUUCAAUAACAUAGGAACUAUGUUCACUAGCUAUCAAUGAGCUUGCUUUUCUUGUUCUUGUUUUCAGCUAUGAGCAAAGUCUCAUUUCGAGCUCGACAAAUAGAUUUUAACAAACCCUUACCUAUUCUGAAGCAUGGUUCUGAAUUAUUUCUUGAAAUCAGUGAAAAUGCACUGGUCAAUCGUGGCGUUCCACAGAUUCCCAGCGGGAUGGAGAAAGAGGAGGAAAAUGAACAUCACUUUCUGGAGGUUAUUCAGGCCCUGCAACUCCGUACAGACUCAGAUGUUAAAAUACCUGUCCCCGAGAUAAUUGACAAAGAGAAUGAUUAUAAGAGGGUUUACCCAGACAGCUUUAGUCUACCAAAACAGCUCUUACAUAUCAGAACAAUCGUGUUCUCGGAAGAAGAAACAAUUGAAUAUGAUAUGGAUAGUGAAGAUGAAGAGUGGUUCCAAAAAAGUGAUCUGGGUAUUACUCCUGAGAAAUUUGAGUCUAUGAUCGACCGGCUUGAGCGUGGUUGUGGUCAAAAGGUAAUGAAUUUGGAAGAAGCUAAGUACCUUCUUCAAGACCACCCAUCCCUAGUUAUCGCUGUGUAUGAUUACUGGCUUAAUAAGCGUGUUCAGUCAAGGCAACCUCUCCUUUACGCUGUUCGACAAGAGCGACGUGACGGUGGUAGUAACACGGAUCCAUAUGUGGCGUUCCGAAGACGGAGUGAAAAGAUGCAAACCCGUAAAAACCGAAAAAGUGAUGAGCAGUCGUACGAAAGGAUGUUGAUCUUAAGAGAACAAAUGGAUUCUCUAGGGUUUGAAAACGUUUAUUCUAAUGCAUUUUCUUAGGGAGAUACUCGGUCGACUUGUCAAACGUGAAGCUACAAAGGAAGCAAUUGUUAACUGUGAUUACAGAUGCUUUCAGCUUAGAUGUAAGCUAUGCGACUGGGAAGGCUCAAGUCUCCUAGAAGCCGAAACUUUAGUGCGGAACCAUCACGAGGAUGAAGGUGUAGUAACUAUGAAGUCUUUGAAAGACAACAAAAGACGUCCUAAUCGCAAGCGCAAACUGGUCAAGAGGUUCAGCAAUCUUCCAAACUCCACAAGUUCCGACGAGGCUUCUGACAAUGAUGAUGAUAAUGAUGAUCAAAGUGGACCAUUCUCUUUUGUUAGAACUCCUGGUUGCCGAUAUUUGAAGCCAAGGUAUAUAGUUAACCAGCGGACCUACUGUGUUUCUAUACUAAACUUUUGUCUAUUUGUUGAGUUAUACUCACUGUCCGUUUUUCUACAGCUUUUCAUAAGUAGACUAAGUAGGACGUCUAUAAUUUGGGAUUGCAUAGCACCACUAACCAUGAAUUCCGUCUGUACAUGAUGAAAACUUCCUGAUUUAUACUUUAAAAGCGCAAUAUAUCUUUUAAUGUUUCCAAUCGUGGACUAAUGGUUGCUCAAAUUAUUGUACAUAGUGUUUGCAUUAAUGCUAAUGAUGGAUGCGGAAAGGUCUAUUGUUUAAUAUAAGAUUUUAAUUCACCAUUCUUAUUUAUUUGCCUUAAGUAGUUCUGGUAAAAUUCUAAGUAAUCACAGUCCCUCGCAGUGGGAUUUCCACCGGGUAUUUAUCACCUAAACCACUUAUGUUGUAUGAAUAAUUUUCUUAAGUUAUUGGACAUGGCUAUUCUACAACAAGCAUGUAUAGACCCCUACUGUAUCCAAUAUACCAGACUUCUGUGUACGUAAGAGAAAGUCUCCCAAGACACGCUUGAACAUGAUCUCAGUCUGAUGGGUUUGUUAGAUAGUUGUGGAAUCAAACAGGGGAACUAUGUAUCACAAGCAAGGGAAUUUCAUAGGUUGGGAUAAUACGAAUAACUAGCUAAAAGCAUUCGAGUAGUUGUCACUCAACUCGGAAUUACAAGUUACCGCGAGUUCGUGCUCACUAGUGACUGAACUCCUAAGCUUUGGUUCACAUAGGCCACUCGGUAUCGUAUUGACGUUCCUGAUUUUGCCAUGAUUCUCUCCAGGUAAAACGCGACCUCCUGAUAAUGGCUCGGUCUUUAGUAAACUAAGUGAUAUGCUCAUUGUCUGUUGUAUUUAGCAGGUGACCUUUCUAGAGGCUUGCCCCGCCAGUACCUUGUCACUCGUGCAGACCAAUCACCUAGUGAUUGCCACCAAGAGUUUGGUAGAGUUUAGGGUACAUAGUUAAUACGGAACGAGGCGUUCUGUCGUGCGGAGUUAGCUGCAGCAAUUGCGUGGAAACUGGUCUGACUUGAGCAUUUAUUCAUGGUCAAUUUGAGCUAAUUUUUAAUGAAGUCGUUGGUUAUCACUUCGUAAACGGCGUUUCACUAUAGGCGUAAUUACUAGUCAGGACUUGUAUGGGUUUUCGUUCGUAUUAAAUUCUUUUGACAUAAACAUUUUGUUCCUGUACUCGUUUAACGACUAUUAGAGAAACUGUAAUUGUCCGAACUUAACGCUUGAUAAGUUAGCGUAUCCAACUAUCCUUCAUUUAUCUCAUAUUCACGUAAAGUUUAUGUAUUCGUGUUUAUUUCCUUAGGUCAUUGCUAGAAGAGUGUUCCACACUUUCCAGUCUCCAUCCUUCCCGCUCACCUUAUUCCUGCUAUACAUUAGCGACAAUUCCACGACUGUGUCAUACAAAGCAUCUUACCUAUACUGGCUAUAUAAGGCGUCGCCUUGGUCGUGGCGGUCGAAUAAUAUGUGAUCGCGUUGCAGCCCCUCGCCACUUUCUGCUUAUCUCCAGUCCUAUGAUGCGGAUUUGAGAUCUAGUGGUUCAGCUAGUCCAAGUCUUAUACCCUCAAACUUUUGCUGGCGACAGUCACAAACAAAAGAUGUUGCUUUGUUUAAUAGACUAAAGACUUCUAUUUUCAGUUCGCAUCGUGAGCGUCCUUCAUUCUCCUGGCCUGUUUCUGAAACUAUCUUCCCACCAAUACCCUUCGAACCCAUACUUAUUGAAUCUAAAGGUUCCACGGAUCAUCGUUCCUCUCCCAUUUUCUACUCGAAGACGGAUUGUCCAACAACUUCGAGGAAGCAUCCGGAUGAUGUGACCAUAGAUGAAGUUGCUCUGGACGCGGGACGUGAGUUAAAUGAUGUUCCGAAUGACGGUUUGUUGAUUCAGGAAAAACAUUCUCCCUUGCACCCUCAGAACGAUCUAAUGCCAAAGAAAUCAGUUAAUGUAUCGUCCGCGGUUAUGGUGAGCCUUUUUUAUUUGUACUCAUUUUUGGCUUUUUGAAGGUUUUAUCUUUCUGAUUUUGAGAAGUAUUGUCAUAUGGCGUUUACUCAGUAUAAUUUUAGUCAGUCAUACGAUGUAACUGCUUUGACGAUUAUUCAUUUGUUCUAUCCAAAUUAUCAGAUAUUGUGACAAAUUAUGAUCUAAGUUAUUAAUUGGUUUUACAUUAAUGAUGGCUAAGACCUUAACAGUUUCUUUGGGCUUGCUUCAUACAUAUAUAGAUUCCCAUCACGAAUCCAAAUAUGUGUCAAACCUCCCAGGCCAUAUUGGUGCCGAAGCCUAGCAAUAGUUUGGUAUCAACUCAUCGCCUGUGGCGAAAGCUGGCAAGGCCAUACGGUGUUACACUUCAGCCUUCUGAGUUUCCCAGGUCCCAUAGUGUUGAUGUUUCUUUCAGUAAUUCUAAUGGUAACGGCCUUUCUUCGACGGACAAUAAAAUGUUGCUGACCGAUCCUUCAGUCUUGCCACCACCUAAAGUACGCUGUUUAACUCGUGACUGUGGGUCUAGGGAUUCAAAAGUUCCUGGUCCUCAGCUGCAUGUUACGAAUGGAGUGAGCCCAACACAGAUUUUUCAGCUUCCAACUUAAUCUUUCGAACUUUGCAAUAUGGAAGUUGUCUUUUUUAUAGUUCAUUGUUAGCAUUUAACUAAACUCUUCUCAAGUAUUACCUCAUUAUACCUUUUGUGAACAGUUUAUUUGCAAUCCCAGUGGUAUGAUCUUGUAGCUUUUGUAAAGCUUAUUAUUAUUGCGCUUCUGCGCUUCAGUUGUACAUAGGGGCCUUCACGGCCACCCCUUUCAUUUUCCCUGUACACUUUCCCCUUCGCUCCAACGAGCUUGUACAUUUUAUUGGCGCAUAGCGUCGUAUGUCAAUUGAAUCAAUGCAUAAUCUGAAUGAAUUGUUUUCUUUUUUAUGUAGUUGUGAUAAAUUUGUUUGUACCUUGGUACUUUGUUGUUUUAUCGAAAUAAGGGUUAAUGUAUAUUUCUAAAGAUAAAUACCAAUUUUACUGGUUAACAAGUUAAGUGUACCCCCUGAAUAUGAUUAACCAGCCAAAGUGUAAGAGGUCGGAUCCAAUAUAGGCUAUGUAGUUUUUCACGUCCAAUUGUUUGUUAGUUUGUUGAACUCGUAAGUCAGAAAUGGAGAAUGAAUCUCUCACUAACCUGUGGGUGUUCUUGUAAAUUUACUGAGUGCGAGUUGUCAGCUUUUGUACGUGUUAAGUCCUUGUUUUCUGAGGUUACGUGCUUCAAGCGACUAUCAUGUUUGGUCACAUGGACGCAAGCACCUGGAGCUUUUUCGAAGUCGUCGACACGUAUUAAUUAUAAGCAAACUUACGAUAUGCCAUGAGGUGGUGCUUACUAAGGCUGGUGUUCUGUAGUCACCUUGUCUUUGUGGUUUUGCGUUGUGUCUGUACAGUUAUUUGUCGAUAAGCAAGGAUAUGUUUGAUUUAUUGGUAUACUUAGUCGCCCAAUUGUUCGUCAUCUCGCUUCUGAUGUGUGUCGUCCUAGUUACGCUACCGAAAUGUCCUACUUCGGAAAAUUUCCGUAAAUUCAGCAGUUUUGCUACUGGAAGUAAAAUGAUGGUACUCCAAAUUUUGGUCAUUGUGUACGUUGCUGAAUCAGGGUACUAACGUUCUGUAAGAAAUCAAUGUUUGCUUUAAAAAUGUAUUGCCACAAUAAGAGCUUACGUCCUAAAGAGGAUAGCUAAGUUUGAGAUAAACAUGUUACUUCAAAUUAAUUUAUGAAGUUUAGGAUUGUUGGGGGAAUAAAGUAAAGAAUGUUGUUAUUGGAGUCAACACUUUGUAAUUUUCACAUGGAUCAGCUUAUAAGUCAACUGGAACUAUAAGAUUAGUGGUUGAGGUAAAUAAAAAUAACAGUGUGAGAUAGUAAUAUGCUGUGAACCUAGUAGACGCUUAAUUUCCUUGAGCUAGGGAUUUCAGUUAGUAGACUCUUUACAACUACAGUAGUACUUCCGUUAUUUUGAAGUGCUUCCUCUGUAGGAAAAUUUCACUCGAAUCAAAAUAAUGAACUAGUUCAACUGAACUUAAUGCUGAGUUUUGCUUGAAUAUGUCGAUUCUAAAGUUGACACAUCCCACAUCAACACAAUAUAAUAGGUCAAUACAAUGAUGAAUGACAAUAAUAUCAGAUCUAAUGUAGAACUAAACAUAAAAGCUGAUGUUGGGAAAGAAGUUAGUUCUAAUAAAGGGAAGUAUAUAAUAAGUUUAUAUUCAAAGCAUGGCGGAUGGACUGUAGUUGAUUAUCCCAAGCCCAAAUUAUUGCUGAUCCUAUCUUGAAUCAUAUCAGAGCUUAAUGACACGGCUGUCUGACAAUCAGUGACUUAUUUGGUUGGAGCUAUAUCUUGACCUCUCGGCGGCUAGCUUUUUUACAAUCUAGGCACAUAGGACAUGUUUCAACCAUACUACUUGAGGAUGUUUGUAUUCUCAUCUUUGGCAAAACUCCAGACUUGGGGGUCGGGGUCGGUAGGUAUGUCUGUGUCCUAGGAACCUGUUGAAGAGUAAAUAUUUCUUCGAUACAUCUGUGAGCAGGUCUGAAACCCGCUUGAUUACCCAGUAUUUGUUGUAUCUAGGCUCCUACUAAAUGUCAGAUGGCAGUUGGAGCUAAUAUAAUAGGCAAUUAAUGAGCGGUUCGUAUCUAAUUGUCGUGAGUGAUUUUCUAUACUUUUCCCGAAACUGAGACGAUCUAAAUUUUAAGACUAGGCUACUGUCCAUAAGAGCUCAUGCUGUUAAUCUGUCAGAACCAGUUAAUCUUUAUUUCAAAUUAGUCAAAGUCUUCCCAAUUUUAUUCGACAGACACCCUUAACAGUUUACUACAGACCAUGUCGGGCAACAUCAGGGUGACUAUCUUCAUGCUCGACCGAGUGCCUGGUUAGGCUUUAAACACACUUAACGAGCGGAGUUCGAAGCAGUUUUCUUGCUAUGAUUUUUCCGUACUCAGUAACACUUAGGUAAACAUGCUUAGAAGAGGGAGUGGUUGAAGUCCAUAAAGAGAAGGGAUAGUCCCUUUCAAGAGCUCGCCAACAAUACGUGACAAGUUUCGAGACAAACUGUUGAAAUCUUAAAUAUUUAUAUGGAAAUGUACUUAUUCCGAAAGCUGGCUGUCCUAGGUUUGACAACUAGGUGAGUACUGGGUGCGAACUAAGAUUACCUGACCAAAAUGACAGCUAUUCAGUGAUCGGUAGUUUCCAAUCAUUCUCCAGAUAUUAUCCCAUGAUUGGAAUCUUCACUUCGAAUAAGUCCGCAUAAAUCAUCAAUCUUAAAAUCUGUCUAGUUCCUAACUAAUCUCUAAACCACUAACAACCCUUCAAGAAAUACAGUUCAAAACAAUACUUUGUAUAUCAAAAUAAAUCAAAUUCCACCGGCACACAAACGUGCAUCUAUCGGCAGAUAACCUCUGAUUACCUCUGACUAUUUUAAGCUAACUUCUUAUGUGUUUGAAAAUCAAGCUACGAUCAAUUGCGAGUAUAAACUACAGUACAACAUCGUAUGAUAAUAAAUAAUUUUGAUAGCAUAUUGAAUUUAUUUGGUCGACGUAAAAAUAAACUCUAAUAGUCGAUAUAAGCUUUUCUACCUGACCAGUAUGUUUACUGUAGUUCUCGUUGUUUGGGUUCAAUAUUUGUAUGAAGAACGAUAAUGCAAUUAAUAAAAGGUUUCAUUGUUACUUUUUGUAACAGUUCUUUGAACUAAUUGUUUGGAAUACUCUUUGGGUAGUGGUUACUAGUCAAAUGUAGGACAGUUGUUACGUCUUAUUUAGGAUUUGUCAGCAGAACGAACUUGCAUUCGGAGGUUAAUAUUCAUUAUUGAAUGCCAUUCAAAGGAAUAAUCAACUAUCAGACACAGGCAUUGUCAGAAUGUUCACCCAAAACGGCCUUUAUUUCAACAAGGGUUUAUCAUGUCAGACCUCAACAAUGAGAUCGAAGUCAUUACAGUUGACAAUAAUAAUAGUAAUAAAAAUAAUUAUUAUAGGGAAGGAGAAUACAAAAGCUGCUUAAGAAACAUACUCCCUGAUGUCUGAAUAGUGGCACAAACAUUCCGUGCGUAUUUAUAAUUCAGUAAACUAAUUCAGACAACCCCGUAAUGGUAAUAAUUUCGGCUACGCGAAUAAUCAGGUUAAUAUAGCCCAGUCUUUGUAGCUUCCCAUUUUCCAUUGAUCUCUGAUGCAUCAUGUUAUUUACUCAGUUUUUCUCUGGACAUUAUGUCUAGAGGUAUCGUCACCUCAGUCCUAUAUUCGUUCCCUCAAGUGGUGAUAGGUAUGCACUGUUUAGAUGAUUACCUACACUUCUUACUCCUCGUGGGAGCAUAGGCCACCGACCAGAAUCCUCCAGCCAACUCUGUCCUAGGUUCUCCUUUCCGGUUGUUUACAAUUGCUACUCAUUCUUUUGAUGCCUACCCUUAAUUCCUGA